GAGAGAGAGAGUGAGAUGAAGUCUGUUGACGCACACCGACCAGCUUUUCCUUGCUCAGUUAUUAGUCUAGUUUUUUUACGCCCUCUGCUUUAAUAUAGUGAUCUGAUAUGGGACCGCGUGUCACUGUCACGGUUCCGCUGUCAUGUUCGUUACCGGCAGAAUGUUGAGCAACACCGGUGGAGUCGCGAGGGAAUUCCUAAUGUGGAGCGCUAUCUGGUUCACAGACAACUGACCCCAAAACAAGGAACAUGAGACGCGGUAAAGUUCCCAUACCGAUACUGGAUGUACUAUCGGCUAUUCUGCUGCUCAUGCACCUGUCUGAAAUGGCAACCAGGGCUGCAGCAAUGGUGUCCAGCAGGGUGUCAGUAGAGAGCAGUUGUCCUCUGGGCCAGUUUCCCUGUGGUAAUGUGACAGUGUGUCUACACCAGGCUCUACAGUGUAAUGGACAUAGAGACUGUCCCAAUGGAGCCGACGAGGACAACUGUGGAGACAACAGUGGAUGGGCGGACAUCUUUGAUCGAACCAUCAGGAAGGUCCAACCACAGGUCCUACCGUUACCAGAAGACUGCUUCUUGCAGCAGUACCCACAGCGUUGUGACUGUAUCAAGACAGAGCUGGAGUGUGUGGAAGUCAACCUACAUGACGUUCCUCAAGUCUCCACCAAUGUCACCUGGCUGUCUCUGAAGAGUAACGAGAUAAAGAGACUGUCGGACAACAUCUUCUCCAAAUACACACACCUGCAGAGACUGUUCUUACAGAAUAACAGCAUCCAGACAAUCUCCACUCAAGCCUUCAGUGGACUCUACAAACUGGAGAGACUGUUUCUCAGUGAGAACUCCAUCUCAUCUCUCAGCCCGGGUGUGUUCAGUGAUCUCCGUAAUUUAUGGUGGCUGGUGUUGGAUCACAACCCCCUGAACAGUGUUUCCCAAGACACCUUCACCGGCCUCACCUCCCUCAUGUUCCUCUCCAUGGUUAAUACAUCUCUGGUGCAGCUCCCCCAGCCCAGCCUCUGUCACCACACACCUAACCUCAGCUGGGUGGAUUUUGAGGGCAACCAGGUCUUAACCAUUAGCUACUCUACUCUGAUGACCUGCAGCCACCUCACAGUACUGCUCCUAAUGGACAACAAGAUCACAACUCUUCCUGAGAACACUUUUCAGUCUCUAGUGGUUCUAGAAGAACUAGACCUGUCGGACAACCGGAUUACUGAGCUCCCCAACAACACCUUUAAGAGCCUAAAGUCUCUCGUCAAACUGAACAUAUCCCAUAAUCCUCUGUUCCACAUCCACCCGGGUCACUUUGAUCACCUGACCCAGCUCCAGUCCCUAGGUCUGGAGGGUAUUGAGAUUCCAGACAUCCAGACGAAGAUGUUUAUACCCAUGGGAAACCUCUCACACAUCUACUUCAAGACAUUCCAGUACUGUUCCUAUGCGCCCCACGUGAGAACGUGCAAGCCCAACACAGAUGGUAUCUCUUCCUUCGAGGACCUGUUAGCUAACGUGGUGCUCAGGGUCUCUGUGUGGGUCAUGGCCUUCAUCACAUGUUUUGGGAACCUCUUUGUCAUCGGAAUGAGGUCUCUGAUCAGGGCAGAGAACAACUUGCACGCCGCCUGCAUCAAAGUCCUCUGCUGUGCAGACUGUCUGAUGGGUGUGUACCUGUUCUUUGUCGGUGUGUUUGACGUGAAGUUCCGAGGCGAGUACAAUCGGAACGCUCUCCUGUGGAUGGAGAGUGUGGAAUGUCGAACCAUCGGAUUCCUGGCUAUGCUCUCCUCAGAGGUAUCAGUUCUGCUGCUGACCUAUCUGACUAUGGAGAAGUUCCUGGUCAUAGUGUUUCCCUUCAGCCACCUGAGACCUGGUAAACUACAGACAGUGGUGGUGCUAGUGUCUAUCUGGGUGCUGGGGUUCAUCAUCGCUGUGGUUCCCUUGCUGAACAACGAUCUGUUUGGGAACUACUAUGGUCGUAAUGGGGUCUGCUUCCCCCUACACUCUGACAGACAGGAGAAGCCCACUGCUAAAGGAUACUCUAUCGGAAUAUUCCUUGGUCUGAACCUGGUAGCCUUCCUGGUGAUCGUGUUCUCCUACUCCUCCAUGUUCUACUCCAUCUAUAAGACUGGAAUCAAUGCUACAGACCUGAGGAGCAGGCUACACAGAGAUGUGGCUGUAGCUAACAGGUUCUUCUUCAUCGUCUUCUCUGACGCCCUCUGCUGGAUCCCCAUCUUCCUGGUCAAGAUACUGUCCCUGCUGCAGGUCGAGAUACCAGGUACCAUCUCAUCCUGGGUGGUGAUCUUUAUAUUACCCAUCAACAGUGCCCUGAACCCUAUCCUCUACACCCUGACUACCAGCUUCUUCAGAGAACAGGUGGAGGUGCUGCUGUGUCGCUGGCAGAGACGGUCGACCAUGAAGAAGAACAGGAAGAGCCUGACCUCCUCUAUCAUACAUGGAGGCCUCACGGAAUACAUCCUAUCACCCCCCAGUCUACCUACUGACAUGGACCCUCGCUAUGGGUGAGGGAAGGAGGGAGAGACAUACUACCACCCCCCUUCAUAUCUGUCCAGAAUUUCAUUGGAUCCUGACUGUGGGUAGAAAGGGGGAGAGUGGAGUAAAGAGGAAGGACAGUAUUCAUUUUACCACCCCCUGAAUCCCACUGACUGAGAUAUGAAGGCAUCUCUCCACCUGGGGAAGGAGAGGAGAUAUUAUACCACCCCCUGAAUCCCACUGACUGAGAUAUGAAGGCAUCUCUCCACCUGGGGAAGGAGAGGAGAUAUUAUACCACCCCCUGAAUCCCACUGACUGAGAUAUGAAGGCAUCUCUCCACCUGGAGAAGGAGAGGGGAUAUUUGACUGAUCUAUUGCUCCUCUCUCCACACCUCCCUGCAGCUCCAGCCAGAGGACUAGAGGACAAAUGCUUAAUUAACCAUUCAUUUAAUACCAUUAAGACCAGGGCUGCCCUGGAGAGGGCUGUUUCAGACUAUUACUGCUGCAAAUGGAUUGCUCUUUAGGGACAAUAUUGAUUUGUGCUCAAAGCUCUAAGCUCUUCACUGUACAGUAUGGGAGAAAUUCACCUCACCCACCUCAUCCACUACAGUACUUACUAUGUCGCAGGGUUGCAGCCAAUCCGAAUUGAAGGUAGUCAAUUCAGGAAGUGAUUUGAAUUUGAACUUCAAUACAUGGAAAAACUUUAGAAAUAAACAGCUUUCACUUAUAGUUUCUUGAGAAGCAAUUUCAAAUAGAUGGCCCUUUUGGAAUGCCUUCAAUUCGAAUUGACCCCAACCAUGCUAUGUAGCGCCGAUAAAUGCUGGGACUGGGAGGAUGUAGGACCUGUUUACAUAUGGACUCCUUAUCAACAAACCUCUUUGUUUGUUUGUUUGUUUGCUUGUACAUAAACAACUGAAUUGUGUGAUUGUUUAAUAAUCUAGCUCCCAUUGGUUGUGUGUGUGUCACAAAUGGCCCUUUUGUUCCCUGUGUAGUACACUUCUUUUGGCCAUGUUGGGACGUGGACUUUCUUCUUUGUGGAGUCUGUUAAUCUAACAUGAUGAGAAGACUCUUACCCGUGGUCACAUGUCUGUGUACUGUACAUGCCCCACUGGGCACAAACUGGUUGAAUCUAUGUUGGGGGGGGGGGGUUUUCAACAUCAUUUGUCGACAUAUUGUGAUGUGGAAUCUACGUAUAAAAAUACAUUGAAUUUGCAAAAAGUCAUCAACUGUUGUUUUGAGGUGGAAUUUCAAUCACAGGAUUAUGUCAUCAUUGUAACACAUUUUCAACAUAGACAAACCUUGUAAAAUAUGUUAAAUUUCUACCUUUGGAAAAAUGUCAGAUCUUUAACGUUAUAUUCACUAGCAGACAGAAAAGCAAUGGGUCGGGCAGCACCUCCUACUGGAGAGUUGGUCUAUCUACAGCUAUCCCUUCGGUCUCCCAUCCAGGGUUUUAAACAAGCCCAGCUUUGCAUUGAUAUUUGUUACAAACUAUUACCGAUAGGGGCGCAACUUUGGUUUUAGAAGUGGGG